GAGAUCCAUAAUCCUGGCAGAAACUGGACACAGCGGAGCUGAAUGUGGUGGGAGGCUUGUGCUCUCCUCGCUCCGCCUCGCCCUUUCGCGUAGCUCCCUUAGCCAAUCGCAGCAGAGUGCCUGGAACCUUAAACCAGCGGCCGAUGGCAUCGCGCCUGGCGCUCACACCUGGCGCUGCCCACGCCCGCCGGCGCCCAGCGGCAGAGCAGCGGCGCGCCGCAGCCCGCCAGCGCCUGGCUGUGCAGGCGGGCACGCGCACAUUCGAAGCACGUGCUGCGCGGCCUGCUGUUGGCUGUACUGGUUGCUUUGACUGUUCAGGCGUAUGGGGCAGGGGUGGGGACAACACGUUUCCCACGUGCAGCAGCUCGCCCCUCCCGCCAGGCACCCAGCCGCGCACGCCACCCAUCCAACCACAUCGCCCCCGCCGCCUGCCCACGCCGUGCAGCUGGGCGGCGGCGUGGUCGCGGUGGCGCCCACGCGGCGGCGGCCGAAGGGCGUCGUCCACUUCCUCGGCGGCGCGUUUGUGGCGGCGGUGCCACACCUCACCUACCCCCUCCUGCUGGAGCGGCUAGCGGACGGCGGUUACACCUGCAUCGCCACUCCCUACCCCGUCACCUUCCAGCACGUGGAAUGCGCCCACGCUGUGCACGCCGCGUUCGAGGGCGCGCUGGCGCAGCUGCGCGGUGGCGGCGGCAGUGGCGGCGGCGGUGGCGGCGCGCUGGCAUCGUGGGCCGCGCCCCGCGACGCGCCCGUGCACGGCGUGGGCCACAGCAACGGCGCCCUGCUGCACCUGCUGGUGGGCUCCGGCCGGCCCGGGCGCGCCAGCAACAUUCUGAUCAGCUACAACAACCUGCAAGUGGCGGAGGCGGUGCCCGUGGGGGAUGGCUUCCAGGACUUCAGGCCCAGCCCCAUCGAGGCGCGCCAGCUCAUCGCCAGCCGCUACAGCGUGCCCAGCACGCUGCUCAUCCAGUUUUCGGACGACUCAACUGAUGAGAGCCCCGAAGCGGAGGCGUUCCUGGCGAGCGGCCGUCGGGCCGUGCGCCGCCUAGUGCUGCCCGGCACCCACGUCACGCCGUGCGGCGACCAGCUGGGCCCGCGCAUUCCGCCCGGUGGCCGCUUCGGCCCCGCAGACGCCCUGGCUAUGGCGGCGGCAGCGGCGCUGCAGGCAGACACGCACCGCCUGGCAGACAGGGUGCUGGAGCACCUGGACUCCCAGUCGUGAGCGGGGCUGCCGCGGCGGCUGUGUGUGCAGCUUGUGUGUACCAUCAUCGGCAGCAGGCUGCCUGCUGCAGCCUCACGUAUCUGCCAGCCCGUCCGUCAGUGCUGCUCAAAACGAGCCUCUCAUCCAUUCUUUGGGGCCACCUGGGGCCCGUCCUGCUUCUCAGAAAUUCGUUCUGCUUCUCAGAAAUUCAGAGUACUUGUGGGUUCUGUAAAUUCGGCUCCAGCCUUA